AAAAGGCAAAACUCCAAAACAAAGUUCUUACUUGCUUGACAUUAAUUGGAUACACCACAGAGAAGUUGAACCAUUAAUCUCAUAUUCUAAGGCAGAGAGGUACCUGAGCUAAUACUAGACUGAAAUGGCUUCCACUUCUUGCUUUCUCCACCACCAUGCUCUCACCACCACCGCAGCCUCAGCUCGCUCCUCCUCCCAGCGCCAAUUAGUGCCAUGCGUCAGAGCCCCUUCUCAGCUAGUUUGCCGUGCCCAAAAGCAGGCCACCAACGACGAUGACAGCUCUGUCGUUUCUCGCCGUUUGGCUCUCACUGUCCUCAUCGGUGCUGCUGCUCUUGGCUCUAAGGUCUCCCCUGCUGACGCUGCUUACGGUGAAACUGCCAACAUUUUCGGAAAGCCAAAGACAAACACAGACUUUUUGCCGUACAAUGGAGAUGGGUUCAAGUUGUCGAUUCCGUCGAAAUGGAACCCAAGCAAAGAAAGGGAAUUCCCAGGUCAAGUUCUUAGAUACGAGGACAACUUCGACGCCACCAGUAAUGUUUCUGUCAUAAUCACCCCAACUGACAAGAAAUCCAUCACUGAUUACGGUUCUCCCGAACAGUUUCUCUCCCAGGUGGACUUCUUGCUCGGAAAACAAGCCUACUUCGGCAAAACUGAUUCUGAGGGUGGUUUCGACUCGGAUGCAGUGGCAACAGCAAACAUAUUGGAGAGCUCGACCCCAGUGAUCGGCGGGAAGCAGUACUACAAUUUGUCAGUGUUGACAAGAACAGCUGAUGGAGACGAAGGAGGGAAGCACCAACUGAUCACAGCCACCGUCAAGGAUGGCAAGCUUUACAUUUGCAAGGCCCAAGCCGGGGACAAGAGGUGGUUUAAGGGUGCUAGGAAGUUCGUUGAGGAUGCUGCAAGCUCAUUCAGUGUUGCUUAAUUUUAUUUUACUUUUUCUUUCUUAAAAUGAAUUAAUUAUCAUCAUGAGUUUGUAUAUGUAAAAAAAGAAGUACCAAUUCAAGAUUAUGAUGAUGAUCAUGCAUGAGCAAUUAGUUUCUUUUAUCAUGAUGAAAGAUCAUGGUGAUCAUAUAUAUCGUCUAGUCUUAAUUCCUUUUGUACCAUUUUCGUUUUGGUUUUUCCAAGAGUCUCUGCAGAAGAAUCGAUCGGUUUAAAAUGUUUGAGGGAGCUGGAUAUUUGGAGCUGUAUUAAUGAUCUUGUGCAUACUGAAACAUUUAUUAUUGCUUUUCUUUUUCUCAA